UUUCUGUUCUGUCUUCUUGUGAAAGACUGUUAUUACUCCGUUUGUUUUCACAUUGUUAAUUGCUCAAUCCAUCAUCCACUUCCUUUUUUUCCCUCUUCAUAUCCUUUCACUUUCACACAUUUCAAAAAGUAUAAUUUUCUUUCAUCCCUUGUUCUUCAAGUUUUUCUUCCUUUCAGGAUCAAACUUGGCUAUUCCUUCCUUGUCUCGUCGCCUUCUUCGCAUCUUCGUCUCUAUCCAUCCUUUUGACUCCGUCUUCUUGUCUCUAUUAUUUUAUUUUUCUCCUCUGCUUAAUCACCGUUUUUUUGACUUUCACAACGAUCUGUAUUGGUGUCCAGAUUUCUGAUCUGACCCUUUUGUAGUUCUCUGUAUCCCCCCCUGUUCUUAACUGAAUCAGCUUCAAGAGGUUUCUUCUGAGUAUCUCAUCGGAAAUGGGUCUGUGUUUGAGUAAAAACAAAGAUUCAGAGCGAGACUAUAAUGGAUACAGAUCAGUUGGGGGAACCGGAGCCCAGAAUUACAAAACCCAUGAACCCCAUGGAAAUCAACCGAAACCCACUUCUCAUCAGCCGUAUCAAUUACCCGAAAAGCCCUCUUCUAGGGCUUCCCUAUAUCCUAGUAAGACCGGCCACAGUACGAUUCUGGGGAAGCAAUUUGAAGAUGUGAAGCAAUUUUACAGGCUCGGGAAAGAACUGGGUAGGGGUCAAUUUGGUGUGACCUAUCUCUGCACUGAGAUUUCAACGGGUAGAUCGUACGCUUGCAAGUCAAUCUCGAAGAGGAAGCUUACAAGCAGAGCUGAUAAGGAGGAUAUGAAGAGGGAGAUUCAGAUUAUGCAGCAUUUGAGUGGGCAGCCUAAUAUUGUGGAGUUCAAAGGUGCUUAUGAAGAUAGUCAGUCUGUUCAUCUUGUGAUGGAGCUGUGUGCAGGGGGUGAGCUCUUUGAUCGGAUUAUUGCCAAGGGACAUUACAGUGAAAGAGCUGCCGCUUCUAUAUGUAGACAGAUUGUUAAUGUUGUUCAUAUCUGCCACUUUAUGGGUGUGAUGCAUAGAGAUCUCAAGCCUGAGAAUUUCUUGUUGUCCAGUAAGGAUGAAAAGGCACUUCUCAAAGCCACAGAUUUCGGUUUGUCCGUUUUUAUUGAGGAAGGUAAAAUUUUCUUCCCCAUCACUGUUACUUUUUUCCCCCCCGAUAAGAUGAUUUAUCUCUUCAUAAAUUACUUCUCCUCAGGAAAGGUUUAUAAGGAUAUAGUUGGGAGUGCCUAUUAUGUUGCUCCUGAAGUCCUACGGCGCAAAUACGGGAAGGAAAUUGACAUAUGGAGUGCAGGAGUGAUAUUGUAUAUCUUACUCAGUGGUGUACCUCCUUUUUGGGCUGAGACGGAAAAGGGAAUAUUUGAUGCCAUUUUGGAAGGUCAUAUUGAUUUUGAAAGUCAACCAUGGCCAAGCAUAUCAAACAGUGCCAAGGAUCUUGUUCGUAAGAUGCUGACUCAAGACCCAAAAAAGCGCAUCACUUCUGCUCAGGUUCUAGAGCAUCCAUGGAUUAGAGAAGAUGGAAAUGCAUCUGAUAAGCCGAUAGAUAGUGCAGUCCUUUCCAGAAUGAAGCAAUUCAGAGCAAUGAAUAAGCUAAAGAAACUUGCCCUGAAGGUCAUUGCGGAAAAUCUCUCUGAAGAAGAGAUCCAAGGGUUGAAGGCAAUGUUUACAAAUAUGGAUACAGACAACAGCGGUACGAUCACCUAUGAGGAACUAAAGGAGGGAUUGCAGAGACUUGGCUCAAAGCUCACAGAGGCUGAAGUGAAGCAGCUUAUGGAAGCUGCUGAUGUAGAUGGAAACGGCACCAUUGACUACAUAGAGUUUAUCACUGCCACAAUGCAUAGACAUAGAUUAGAAAGAGACGAACAUCUCUACAAAGCCUUCCAGUAUUUUGAUAAAGAUCACAGUGGAUUCAUAACAAGGGAUGAACUUGAAACAGCCAUGAAAGAAUAUGGCAUGGGCGAUGAAGGCACAAUCAAGGAAAUCAUAUCAGAAGUUGACACAGAUAAUGAUGGUAGGAUCAAUUAUGAAGAAUUCUGUGCAAUGAUGAGGAGUGGAACCCCGCAAGGCAAGCUAUUCUGAACCACACUAUAAGUUGCUCGAGCUUGCUGUAUUUGAGACCCUGAGUGUAAAAAAAAAAAAAAAAACUACUUUUGCGAAGAGAUUCAGUCCUUUCAAUCAUAAUUUUGGACCCAAAUAUUACUGAAACAUGUCAUUUUAUUUCUUAGGCAUGUAAAGCUUCGAUUUUUAGAUUUGUUUCGAUUACAAGGUUAAGCAUAACUGUGAGCCAGUUGUUUGUCUGUUAAUUGUUGACUUGUUUCGAAGUAGAAACUCGCCUAGGAAAAAGGUGAUUUUUAUUCCGGGAUAGGAUAAGGAUCCAGUUUGCUGAAGCUUGAAAAGUGCCCCUCAUCUGUAUUUUGGAAGUGCUUUUAGGAUGUACAAUAUAAUAAUGUGAGGAGAAUUUUACUUUGGCUUGCUAAAAAAA